GCAAGGAUGGAACUGCUGUCUUGUGUGACGGCGACAACUUUUACUAUUUGUAAAUAGCAAUGUGGUCAUGUGAAGUAAUUUGGAUUUAAUUGCACGGUUACCGCGUAAGCUCUUUUUAAAAAAUUCCAAUAUUCUGUUAGACCAUCGUCGUAAAACAAUGCAGAUAUUUAAGAUGCUUAAUUAAAACCCGCAAGAACCCAAACGGGCUUUAGGACCAGGGAGACGAAUUUAUAAAGCAGCGAGGUUUCUGAGCAUUCACAUAGCAGCACUGUGAAGGAAAACCCCAUCGGAUCUGGUAUUGCAGGAUACUUGUGAAAUAUACAUAGAUUUCUUUGCUUUCUGCGGGUGCAGCUUUCAGAAGAUCGCACAUGUGCACUGGGAUGCUUAGUAACGCAAUGCACGUUUGGAGGACCCAUGAUCAAGACUCCUUGUCAUAGAGCAAGAGGACUUCUUUGGUGUUUAAUCUUGCCCUUCAAUUUCUCUCCACCUUUUUUUAUAUGUCAUUCUUUUUUUCCCACACCUGGAUCACGUCUACAGAAAGAAAACUGGGCACUUUCUCAGCCAGUACGCUAAAAUCAGAGGAUAUGCAUGCUUAUCUGGGAUUAAACCAUCUUUUGGACAACUUGGCAAUUGCGUGAAUGGGAUAUUUUGCUAAGAUAUUUACUACCUACAGAAUAUAGGAGGGGGGAAAAACGUGUUCUUUUUGCUGAUUAGGCGUUGUGAUGGUCAUAGAUUUUUGUAAUAACUGACAUCAGAAACAGAACAUUUCGGAAGCUGGUUGUAGGGACUUUCUGACAACUGAAAGAUGAAAGCUCCUAUUCCUCUCUUGAUUCUUUUGUACACUUCCAUGACCAAGAGCCUGAAGGUUGUGUCCAAAAGAGGCUCAGUUGACGGAUGCACAGACUGGUCUGUGGACUACUUGAAGUACAAAGUGCUUUUGGGAGAACCAGUGCGAAUUAAAUGUGCAUUAUUUUAUGGAUAUAUUAGAGCAAACUACACUCAUGCGCAGAGUGCAGGACUGAGCCUAAUGUGGUACAAAAGUACUGGACAUGGGGACUUUGAGGAGCCUAUACCAUUUGAUGGUGUUAGGAUGAGUAAAGAAGAGGAUGCAAUAUGGUUUCGACCAGCAGAAUUACAAGAUGUUGGACUCUAUGCCUGUGUUUUAAGAAAUUCAACAUAUUGUAUGAAAGUCUCCAUGUCACUAACUGUGGCUGAAAAUGACACAGAUCUCUGCUACAAUUCCAAAAUGAGGUAUUUUGAAAAAGGCGAACUUAGCAAAAGCAAAGAGAUUACAUGCCCUGACAUUGAGGACUACGUACUGCCUCAAAGGGAGCCUAACAUUGUGUGGUAUAAGGAAUGCAAGCCAAAACAAUGGAGACAAAGUAUUGUACGAAGAAGGGAUACCCUCAUCAUUCGGGAAGUUCGAGAAGAUGACAUAGGGAAUUACACUUGUGAAUUGCAAUUUGGAAACUUUGUUGUGCGAAGGACAACAGAAUUGACAGUUACAGCUCCUUUGACAGACAAGCCACCAAAGGUCCUCUUUCCUUCGGAGAACAAAAUGAACAUCCUGGAAGUGCAGAUAGGUAGCCCCGCUAAUCUCACCUGUCGGGCCUUUUUUGGCUACAGUGGAGAUGUAAGCCCUUUAAUAUACUGGAUGAAAGGUGAGAAGUUCAUUGAGGACCUGGAUGAAAGCAGAGUCAGAGAGAGUGAUAUCAGGAUUAUUAGGGAACAUCUUGGAGAGCAAGAAGUGUCAAUUUCACUCACAAUCGACUCUGUAGAAGAAAGCGAUCUAGGAAACUAUUCUUGUUAUGUGGAAAAUGGGAAUGGAAGACGUCAAGCCAGCAUUCUCUUACACAAAAGGGAGCUGAUGUACACGGUUGAACUGGCCGGCGGUCUUGGAGCUAUUCUGCUGCUGCUUGUGUGUUUAGUGACACUCUAUAAGUGCUAUAAAAUAGAGCUUAUGCUGUUUUACCGGAAUCACUUUGGAGCUGAUGAAGUUGAUGGAGAAAACAAAGACUAUGAUGCAUACCUGUCUUACACCAAAGUGGACCCUGAACAAUGGGGUCAAGAAACUAGAGAAGAGGAACGCUUUGCUCUUGAAAUCCUGCCUGAUGUCCUGGAAAAGCACUAUGGGUAUAAACUCUUCAUUCCUGAAAGGGAUUUGAUUCCAACUGGAAGUUUCACCAAUGAUCAUUACGAGGAUCCAAGACUGCUUAGAGCGUACAUCGAAGACGUGGCCAGGUGCGUGGACCAGAGCAAGAGAUUAAUAAUAGUGAUGACCCCCAGCUAUGUGGUGAGGAGAGGCUGGAGCAUCUUCGAGCUGGAGACACGACUCCGCAACAUGCUGGUCACGGGGGAAAUCAAGGUCAUUCUGAUCGAAUGCACUGAGCUCCGAGGGAUAAUGAACUACCAGGAGGUGGAGGCCCUCAAGCAUACCAUCAAGCUGCUGACUGUUAUCAAGUGGCACGGACCGAAGUGCAACAAGCUCAAUUCCAAGUUCUGGAAACACUUACAGUAUGAAAUGCCCUUUAAGAGAAUAGAGCCCAUCCUUGCACACGAGCAAGUGCUGGACGUGAGCGAGCAAGGGCCUUUCGGCGAACUCCAGACGGUGUCCGCCAUCUCCAUGGCGGCUGCCACCUCCACCGCUCUUGCCACAGCCCAUCCAGACCUGCGCUCCACCUUCCACAACACCUACCACACCCAAAUGCGGCAGAAACAUUACUACCGCAGCUACGAAUAUGACGUACCUCCCACUGGCACCUUGCCCCCCCUUACCACAUUGGGAAACCAGCAUACCUACUGCAACAUCCCUAUGACACUCAUUAACGGGCAGAGACCACAGUCCAAAUCGCCCAGGGAACAGAAUCUGGAGGAGGCUCAUACAAACAGUGCAGUGCUGCCCCUGCUGCCGCGAGAGACCAGUAUAUCCAGCGUCAUUUGGUGACAGCAAAGAUAGGCGAUCACUUGGUUUUCCCUGACGUUCAUGGAAACUUGCAGCCUGGUGCUCAGAACUGGGACCUUGACUGCUGCUGUUGUACUUGCACCACAAUCCACUGGAAAAAAAAAUAAAAAUACUAAAAUAAAAAAAAUCCACACACAUGCACAGAUCCACACACAGAUAAAACACACACAAGGAAAACAGGGUCUUGUACAUAUAUUUGCAAUUUCUUUGUAGCAUCGGUGUCUUCCUGUUUUUUUUCACAUUUGUUGCCUCUAUUAUGCAUUAUUACUUUGUUUUACAUAUCAUCCAAAUCUAAAUAUUCCUAGUUUCGUUUGUUUUGUUUUAUAAUAUGGAGAUUGAACAGCAGGUUUGUGAGGUAGUAGAAUGGACUGUUGUAUUUUUAUUUCCUGACUUACUGUAGUUUAGAGCCAGUUUGAUUUUUUUUUUGUUAACAUCUUUUUGAUUGCCUGGACGAAGCUGUGUUUUACUCGAAGGAGCAACAUCCUUUUUUGUUGGCGUAUGUAGAGUGUGUAUAUCUAGUUUUAAGUGACUACUUUAAAAAAUAGAUUAUGCAAAAGGUAAAGAAGCUUGAAAGUAAUAUUUCUUCCCGUAUGAAAGAGCUUGAAAAUGUGCUGGGGAGUGGUGCUAGAAUUCAUCUCCCUCCAGCUUGUUUUAACUGACGGUAUAUUUGAGCAACAGCUGUCUCAAAAUCUUAAUAUUUUGUAUUAAAAACAGCAUUGCUGUUUAGGUUGAUAGUAAAACUUCUCACCUAAAACUUCUGUAGAUUAUUUUAAAAAAAGUAUAUUUUUAUAACAAAUGCAUUUGCUUGGAGAGUCAUAAUUAUUCACACUUCAUACAACACAAGUGAAAUGAAAGAUGAUACAUGCAUUAUACCAGUUUUGUGCAUUUACUACUUUGCAACAUGAUUGCGAGAUCGUUAAGCCAACAAAGUGGAUUUUGAGUCCUUCACUAAAUGUCCUCGUUCUAAUUUAAGAUAAAAAGUAAAUAUGUUUUGAUGUUUUGGUCAAGUCCUUGAAAUAUCAUUUCCUAAGAAUGAUUUUCACAUGUUAAAUCAUGGUAGGGAAAAAGUAAAUUUGUGUUUGAAAGACUUUUUUUAAUCACCUAUUGAGGUGUAAUUUAUGAGUAUGCAUAGCAACUAGAUAUGUGUUCUAUAUAUAAAAAACACAAUUCACACUCUGGAAAAAAAUGAUUAUCUCUAUAGAAACAGUCAUUAUUAGUUUCCUUAACCACUUUCACUGCACAUUAAAAUCCUUGACCUCAAUUUAGUGCCUCCCUUUUAAUCCACUUACAACUGCUCCUAUCUGUACAUUUUCAAACUGCCAUGACUUUGUGAUGUUCUUAGGCAGAGGUUUGCAUUAUCCAAUCUCCCAGCUAUGCACACCUGUCUGUUCUCUUUCACGGCUGAGUGUUCUUCAUUCAACAUUUUCAGGCAAGACUGGAGUGAACGUACAUAAUUUAUCUCUAACUUGAAAAAGAUGAGGGUGAAUACAGCCCUCUGUUGAUUUGGUUAAUGCGUCUGUAUUGUCAAGGCAUGCUAAAUGCUGAGUCAUGUGUAGGAAACCAAUCCCAAGUGAGAUUUUAGGUGCUAAAAUGCUUUUAUCCCACGUAAUGUAAGAAAAAAAUAAUCAUAAUGCAAAACUGGUACACCAUCUUUAGAUAUUACAUUGGGCUGCAGAAGACACCAGAGGAGCUUCUGAGCUCAUCAGGCAAGAUGUCAGUGUUUGUCGGUUCUAUGCCGUGGUGGUAAGUAACAAAGAGCACUGAAGAGAGUACUGAUGCCCAAUGCACCUGUGAGACCAAGUCAUGGACACAUUACAAUCAGCAUACUCGGAGUGCUGCAAGUCCUUAAAAUUCUUGAAAUGCUCAUAAUAGUUCAUAUACAGUAGCCCUUCUGAAGGUGGUGAACCCUUUCUGAACAUUUUCCUCUUUUUAAAGACCACAGUUCAACAAAUUUCAACUGGUGUUCUAUCCUAGUAAUUGAUCCAAAAAGUUAUUCAAAAUUCUCAACCCAAUGAAUACACCAGUUAAGAGGUUCCUGGAAUUAAAACAGGCUUGUUACUCCCAGCUGGGGGUUCUAGGUAGCAUAAAGAGGUUAUGAUUGAUGACAUUGGGGAAACAUAAAACAUUUAUUAUUAUUUCUUCUGUUUUUUUCCCAAAAUUGCUUUCAUGUGUGUUCAGGCUGCUGGGUAAAGUUGAUUGUAUUUUUCACAGUGGUUGCUAAGAUGCACUAAAAUAUACUAAAUUCUAUUUUGUAUGUACAGGCAGAAAACACUCCUACUGUAGGUGUACUGUACCUGCGUAAUACAGAGACACCAAUUUUAUUUUAACCAAUUGUGUAAAUAUGAGAAUGGAAAUGAUAAGAAGACAAUCUAGCCACAUUCAUAAACCAAUGUUUGCAUUCUCUAGUUCAGUGGCAAAUAGUUUUUUUUGUUAUAAUAUACAGCACAGAAUUAUCCUAGGCACUUUGACUUUCACAAUUCUGCAACUAAAGGAUAAGGUUCUGUUUGUCUAUCUUGUUUUUGUUUCUUUUUCUGUUCCUGCAAUGUUAAUUGAAAACAGAACUUAAUAAUAAAAUCAAAAAAAUUAAUUCUUUUUUACUGGAAUAUUCAUCCCAUGUCACACUACUUGGAGCACCCACAGAACAUUAUAUUUUGUUAAUUCAUCUUUUAAAACAAGAGAUUCAUGGUUCUAGACAAUGCUGCUUAAACCUUAUUUAAAUUUUGAACAAUGUAGCUGAAGGCAAUACUUUGAAUCUGUUAGUCUGUAUAUAAAGCAAAUGAAAGGUGAAAGGCCAUCUCUAGAUAUAAAGAACACUUUAUUAAGAAACUUUAUUAUCAACCACUUCAUAUAAAUUAUCAUUAAUCCAUACCUUGAAAAUUGAGUCACAAUUCAUUUGGUAAAGGAUGUAAACUACUACAAAUAGUAAAUAUACCAAACAUUACUUUUUGAGGUCUAAUGGUUUUUUAUAAAUCUACACUUCUGGAACGGGUCCUGCAUGUUCUGAUUCUUCCAGUAAGUAGUCUGAAGUGCUGUUCAGGAUGCUCUGCCUAUGUCAUACGGCAUCAGACAGAUGUCAUUUUCAAAUGGGGUAUUUAUGCCUUCUAUUGCAAUACUUU